ACGAUGCGUCUGUUUCUGCUGGCGGUGUUCCUCUCGUGCUCCUGUGCGCGAGGCGGCUGCGAGCCGAAGAUAGUGAACAUCGGAGCAGUCCUGAGUCAGAAGAGGUACGAGCAAGUCUUUAAGGAUGCGGUGACCCAGGCGAAUCAGAUCUACGGGAGAGAUAAAUUCAAGUUGACCGCCAUCUCCGUAACGCACAAACCCAACGCUAUCCAGAUGGCUCUCUCCGUCUGCGAGGACCUCAUCUCUAACCAGGUGUAUGCCAUCCUGGUGAGUCAUCCUCCCCAGUCCAAUGACCACCUCACCCCCACGCCUGUGUCCUACACCGCAGGCUUCUACCGCAUCCCUGUGGUGGGCCUCACCACACGCAUGUCCAUCUACUCCGACAAGAGUAUCCACUUGUCCUUUCUGCGGACUGUCCCCCCGUACUCCCACCAGGCUCACGUGUGGUUCGACAUGAUGCGAGAGUUUCGAUGGAACCACAUCAUCCUGAUUGUCAGCGAUGACCACGAGGGGCGGGCCGCGCAGAAGAGACUGGAGACCCUACUGGAGGAGAGGGAAACAAAGAAUAAAAAAAGGAACUAUGAAAACCUCGACCAACUGUCCUAUGACAACAAGCGAGGACCUAAGGCAGAGAAAGUCCUCCAGUUCAGCCAGGAGACUAACUUAACUGCUCUGCUUCUGGAGGCCAAAGAGCUGGAGGCUCGUGUCAUCAUCCUCUCCGCCAGUGAAGAGGACGCUGCUGCAGUUUACAAGGCUGCCCGUUUCCUCAACAUGACGGGCUCGGGUUACGUGUGGCUGGUGGGAGAGCGGGAGAUGUCGGGUAAAGCCCUGAGUGAGGCACCAGAUGGUCUCAUCGGCCUCCAGCUCAUCAACGGCAAGAACGAGUCGGCCCACAUCAACGACGCAGUGGCAGUGGUGGCUCAGUCCAUCCAGGAGCUCUUUGAGAAGGAGAACAUCACGGAGCCGCCGAGAGGCUGUGUGGGAAACACCAACAUCUGGAAGACCGGGCCCCUCUUCAAAAGGGUUCUGAUGUCAUCAAAGUACCCAGAGGGCCUCACUGGACGUGUGGAGUUCAAUGACGAUGGCGACAGGAAGUACGCUCACUACAGCAUUCUCAACUACCAGAAGAGUCGACUCAUUCAAGUCGGGAUUUACAAUGGAACACAGGUGGUGAUGAAUAAUCAGAGGAAGAUCAUCUGGCCGGGGGGAGAGACAGAGAAACCGCGGGGCUUUCAGAUGUCCACAAGACUAAAGAUAGUGACCAUACACCAGGAGCCCUUUGUGUAUGUGAAGCCCACUGAGCAGGAUGGAACCUGCAAGGAGGAAAAAACAUUAAAUGGAGUGGCAGAUAUAAAAAAGGUGAUCUGCACUGGACCAAAUGAGACCAUCCCAGGACGUCCAAUUGUACCUCAAUGUUGUUAUGGAUUCUGUAUCGAUCUACUUAUCAAGUUGGCCGGAACCAUGAACUUUACCUAUGAGGUGCACCUGGUGGCUGAUGGGAAAUUUGGAACACAGGAGCGGGUGAACAACAGCAACAAGAAAGAGUGGAAUGGCAUGAUGGGAGAGCUCCUGGGGGGUCUGGCAGAUAUGAUCGUUGCCCCGCUGACGAUAAACAACGAACGAGCCCAGUACAUCGAAUUCUCCAAACCUUUUAAGUACCAAGGCCUAACCAUCCUCGUUAAAAAGGAAAUCCCUCGCAGUACACUGGACUCGUUCAUGCAGCCAUUUCAGAGCACACUGUGGCUGCUGGUGGGUCUUUCGGUGCAUGUGGUGGCGGUGAUGCUUUACCUACUAGACCGGUUCAGCCCGUUUGGGAGGUUUAAAGUAAACAGUGAAGAAGAAGAAGAAGACGCCCUCACCUUGUCGUCAGCCAUGUGGUUCUCCUGGGGAGUUUUGCUUAACUCCGGUAUUGGGGAAGGCGCGCCGCGCAGCUUCUCAGCGAGAAUCUUGGGCAUGGUGUGGGCCGGCUUUGCCAUGAUCAUAGUGGCAUCGUAUACUGCCAACCUGGCUGCCUUCCUGGUGUUGGACCGGCCUGAGGAGCGCAUCACCGGCAUCAACGACCCGAGGCUGAGGAACCCAUCAGACAAGUUCAUCUACGCCACUGUGAAGCAGAGCUCUGUGGACAUCUACUUCCGGCGGCAGGUGGAGCUUAGCACCAUGUACCGCCACAUGGAGAAGCACAACUACGAGAGUGCCGCUGAGGCUAUCCAGGCCGUGCGCGACAACAAGCUGCAUGCUUUCAUCUGGGACUCUGCGGUGCUGGAGUUUGAAGCCUCGCAGAAGUGCGACCUGGUGACCACGGGAGAGCUGUUUUUCCGUUCGGGCUUUGGCAUAGGCAUGCGCAAGGACAGCCCCUGGAAACAGAAUGUGUCCCUGGCCAUUCUCAGUUCCCAUGAGAAUGGCUUCAUGGAAGAUCUAGAUAAAACCUGGGUGAGAUACCAGGAGUGUGACUCACGGAGCAAUGCCCCAGCCACACUCACCUUUGAGAACAUGGCAGGAGUGUUCAUGCUGGUGGCUGGAGGCAUAGCAGCAGGGAUCUUCCUCAUCUUUAUUGAGAUCGCCUACAAGCGGCACAAAGACGCCCGCAGGAAGCAGAUGCAGCUGGCCUUUGCGGCCGUCAACGUCUGGAGGAAGAACCUGCAGGAUAGGAAAAGUGGUAGAGCAGAGCCCCCCGACCCCAAAAAGAAAGCCUCUUUUAGGUCCAUCAGUACCUCCCUGGCCUCCAGCAUCAAGAGACGUAGGUCGUCCAAAGACACGCAGUACCCACCCACCGACAUCACGGGCCAGCUCAACUUGUCCGACCCAUCUGUCAGCACAGUGGUGUGAGAGGGACAGAAGGAGAGAGAGAUUCUCUCCUCGGAGAGAAAGAGAGAGGGUGGGUGAACGGAGAGAGCCUUCCCCCAGAUCGCUGCAUUGUUGGAUCCAUCACUGCUGAAGCUUUUUGUCCCAUUGGCUUUGCAGUGGAGCGAUGGAGCCUACGUCUAAGAAAGGACUCCCCUGAUCAUAUUCUCUGAUCAUGGCACCUGUUACAGCUGUCUGGCAUUAGUUAGCUCUAGGGUUCUGAGCUUACUGACACAUACUGUGUUUUUAUCUGUUUUCUCUAUUCAUGCUCAAUUUAUGCUUAAAACAGUCCAAUCUUUGUCUAAUUUACUUACUGCAGACAUAGUGAUGCUGGAUACUACUACUAUUUAAUAUAUCUACAUGAUACAUUUGACUGUUUUAAAAAUCUUGUUUAUUUAGAUUACUUAAGUAUACAAACAAGUUAAGUUCUGUACAUAUCAUUUAACUUAUAAGGAGGGACUAUAACACACAUUAUUAUUUCACAGUAUUUAACAACAGGAGGUGGCAGGUAGUUUAACGGUUAAGGGUUAGUUAGGCCAGUAACCGAAAGGUCGCUGGUUUGAAUCCUCAAGCUGACUAGGUGAAAAAUCUGUCGA